AUGUCAAGCCAAACGUUCAUAUUGACGAUCUUGGCCUGCGCUCAGCAACAAAAGCAGCAGCAGCAGCAGCAGCAGCAACAGCUUCAGCACCUCCUGCGCUGUGCUUCUUCAGCGAAACGCUGUAGCGCCAGCCUCAGCAACGACAGCAGCAGCAGCAGCAGCAGCAGCAGCAGCAACGAUGUAGGCGUCCCGUACAGUGUCUGCAGUGAGGCGGUCCCAUAUGCCGACCUCCUUCUUCCUCAAGGUGACACUGAAGACAAAGCAGCAGCAGCAGCAGCCAGCAGCAGCAAGGCAGAGUGUAGCAGCAGCAGCAAAACGCAAAGUUCAGCAGCAACGGUAACAACGCGAGCUUCCGCAACAGCAACAGAACAAGAGCAGCGGCGGCGAAAUUCCACUUUGUCCGCUGCAGCAGCAGCAGCAGCAGCAGGUGCAGCACAACGUGAGCAGCAGCAGCCCCUCGCAGGAGUAGGCCUCAAAAAACAGCAUCAGCAGCGACAGCAGCAGAAACAGCAGCAGCAGCACCGCCCCAGCUCUGCGCACGGCUUGCGAGUGUCUAACUGCCGCAGCCCCCAGCAGCAGCAGCAGCAGCAGCAGCAGCUGACCUCUGGAAUGAUCUCUUUGAAAAGCUGCAGGUUGAGUCUGUACUUUCUCCUCACGCCAGAGUGCUGCGCCAAACCCGUGAAGGAAAAUGAAUUGGAGGAACUCGAAAAAGAGCUGUCUUCCAGAGACAAAGCGCCUGCAGCAGCAGCAGCAGCAGCAGCAGCAGAGGCUACAGGGAGCCCCGCCCAUGGCCUGCUGCCAGUCGUCACGCACGCCCAUAUGCGGAGCAGCAGCAGCAGCUCACGCAGCAGCAGCAGACGCAGCAGCAGCAAAGAGCUACUAUGGGAGCAGUAUCGAAAAUAUUGGCGGCUGAAGCAGCAGCAGCAGCAGCAGCAGCAGCACGAACACCAGCAGCAUCAGGUCAAAGAGCAGCAGCAGCAGCAGAGUUACCUGGGCUGCUCCAUCUGUAGGCAAAUUUGA